AUGGAAGACUGUCCCGUAUUCAGAAACUCGAGCAACGACACCGACUUCCAACAUGUUCCACUUCGAAAUUACACUUAUAUCUUCAUUUGCAGUCCCAUCAUAACGUUCUGCGUCUUCAUGGUCGGUUAUAACCUAAUGAUCUUGAUGUCGCUUUACUGGAUCAAAAGGCCGAUAUCCACCACUCUCCACAUUUCGUUGAGCAUGGCAGGAUCGGACGUCUGGACCCUCAUCCUAGACAGCCUAGGACUCCUCUUCAACAGCCUCCUUCCGAUAGGCCUGGGGAUCGAGGAGCAAUACCUCAGCGACUGUUCUCUCCUAAUCCUCGAGGGGCUCAGAAUGGGCGGAAAACUAACAACAGUUGGUCACCUUCUAUUUUUAGCACUAAAUCACUAUUGUGGGAUUAGAAAACCACUACAAUACCAUCAGAGGUACCAUCCUAUCUGUUGUAAAUAUUACAGUAUUUGUAUAAUCUCAAUAGCGUUAUGGAUAGUCCCACCGGCCGGAAUAAUUGCAUAUUUUUCAUUAAUACCAGAUGAUGGUCUCAGUCACCAAGAUUGUACAUACAAGUUCUUAUUGAGAUCAGGCUUCAGGAGAGGAUUCUCUUUGAUAUUCUUCAGCUCAAUUAUUAUAAUGGCAAUGAUAUAUUAUCACAUAUACAGAAUUGUGAGACGGCACCAAGCAAAACGAGACAAAUUUCGAAGAGUAGGGUCACAUUACACCAGAAACCACCAGUCUUUGCAGGGCCUAGAACAACAACAACAACAGGAGAACAGAAGAGCCAUCAUCACCACCCUCCUCAUCGUUGGCUCGACGGUGGUAGGUUGGCUGCCGGCAUCACUGUCUUUCGCUCUUGUGUGUGAGUGCGAUUGCGUUUUCAAGAAUUUCGGUUCUGAAACUAUAAGCACAGCUGUAGGAGCUGUCUGCAAUACUCUCCUAAUACUGAAGACAGCCUUUAACUCCUACAUUUACACUGCAAGGAUGCAGGAAAUCAAGCAUGCAUUAAAGAAAAUGAGGAACAGUUUGAAAAACAAAUGUUGUCGAGAUGGCAGCAAUGAGUUCAAUGGGUUAUCAGAAAUACAAAGUCGAGGAUUCUUACCAAGACAUGGAGAAAACUGUACUCAACUAUAA